CCAGCAUGCAGCAUCACUCGUCUGAGGUGGCCCGUCUGUAUCAGACUGAGUUCAUCCGGAGCACACGGGCGGUGGGCAUGCUGUGGGCCGUUAGCACGCUCUGCUUUGCUGUGAUCGAGGUGGUCAUUCUCAUCCAGCCGUCAUGGGUGGGCACACGAGAGCUGCACUACCGAGGAGGGGGUCCGGCUCCUCCGACCGGGACGCUGGGCCUCUUUGAGGUCUGCAUGGAGACGGAUUGGCCCGUCCCAGAAUGCCGGGGGUCUCUUCACACCCUAACCCCACUCCCUGCCUUCCAGUCUCCCGCUGUGCUGGUCUGCAUGUCUCUCACCAUGGUGUGGGCCAGCGUGGGCUGCAUGUGUCUGCUCAGAUUCUGCAGCGCAGCAACCGUCUAUAAGAUCUGUGCUUGGCUGCAGCUCACAGCAGGCUUCUGUUUGGCGCUGGCGUGUGUGUUGUUCCCAGACUCCUGGGCGUGUGCUGAGAUGCGGGCGUUGUGUGGGGAGCGUGUGAGUAGUUUCUCCCCGGGGAACUGCUCUGUGCACUGGGCGUACAUACUGGCCAUGCUGGGGGUGCUGGACGCCGGCAUACUGGCCACGCUGGCUUUUGUUUUGGGGAAUCGCCAAGAUGCCCUGCUGCCAGAAGACACCAAGGAUGGUGAUGUGACUGGCUUGUUACUGACAGCAUAAAACAGGCCUGAGCUGUUCUCACCAGUCAGAAACUGCUGGUGGCUGUUUCAUCACGUCGUUUGUGCACUUCUCUUUCGACAAAUAAUGAUGACAUAAAACGUGUGAAGAGACGCUGAUCUCUUCCCCCUCAGCAUGAUGUCAUCAUCCUGUGAAUUCUGCUUACAUAACCGGUCUGCAUAGAAACCGUCACCUGGCAACAGUAUCCGAGUCCUUUCUCCCCUGGCGGAGGAACAUUACUCUGAUCUUGUAAUGGCGGCUCUAAAUAGAGAAGAGGAAAGGCCAUUUUCUUUAGUGCAUUUCCAAGUGGAGGUACAGUCGAGGUCUCUGUGACCUG